GAACCACAACGGAAAGUAUCAAAACGCUCUCUAAUCCCCGCCUUCGCUCUUUCCGUUGCUCGAGGACCUGAGGUAGUGGCUGCCCGCUACAUCCAUCUUUUGCAAGAACCCUGGUAGGACUGUAGGAGAGCAGCGGCGGUGAAUUAGGAAUUUCACGGAAACAGGUAGCAGAUUAUUAUAUCAUUGGUAAACAUGCAGGCGAGUGAUAGGUUUAACAUUAAUUCCCAGCUUGAGCAUCUCCAAGCUAAAUAUGUUGGCACUGGACAUGCUGACUUGAAUCGAUUUGAAUGGGCGGUGAAUAUCCAGCGUGACAGCUAUGCUUCCUAUGUUGGCCACUACCCCAUACUUGCAUACUUUGCCAUUGCAGAAAAUGAAUCGAUAGGAAGAGAACGUUACAAUUUUAUGCAGAAAAUGCUGUUGCCAUGCGGUCUUCCCCCUGAAAGAGAAGAAGAUUAGUAGGCCUCUUCAGAUUGUCAAAUCAAGCAUUCCUGAUUGUGCUCGUCAUGAUAUUGUUAGUUUGCUUGAUAUCUCCGGUGUUGCUUUUAGGAACAAGCAGCCAUGGCUUGGAUAAAUUAAUGAGACUUCCUUGACACUAUCCCACCAAACCUCUUAUAUUAGUUUUAGAAGUGUAAUUUCGACAGUAAGCUUGGAUCCCAUUAGACUCUUUGCUCAUUAAGUAGUAUUAUCUUGUUAAUCUGUAUCUUUCAUACAUCUAGGGCAUAUAAACAUUCAUGGGGAGGAAUGGUUAAUGUCAAACUCUCAAUGCUUUA